GUUCAUGCAUCCAGGUAGCUUUGUCAAAGUCGGCAAUGAUUAUGGGCCUUGUAAGAACCAUUGAAGGUCCCUCUUUUCUUCAAUUGAAAGGCGAUGACAACAUUAUUUUAAAAGUGCUGAACACACAGCGACAUUCAGGAAUAUUAUGCGAUGUUAAUUUGACAGUGGAUGGCCAGAACUUUUCAGCACAUAAGGCAGUUCUCGCGGCCAAUAGCCGGUUCUUCUUUGCCAUGUUUACCACAGAAAUGCUGGAAAAGGAUAAAACAAGUGCCAGUGUAAGUACUAUUACUGCUACUGCCAUGGAAAGCAUUUUAGAUUUCAUGUACACGGGACGGAUUCAAAUUCACAUCGAAAAUGUUUUCGAAUUGCUAGAAGCAUCAAAUUAUUUAUUUGUGGAAAAGGUGAAGAAAGCUUGUUGUCAAUUUCUACAGAGUGUACUCGAUACAGAAAACUGUUUUAUGAUUCUUUCGAUGGCUGACGCUUUCUCGUGCAAUGAUCUAAGUCAAACAGUCACCCAAUACGUAAAUCGAGAAUUUAGUAAAGUUGCCAAGACAGAAUCAUUUUUGAAGUUAUCCAAAGAAGAGAUUAUCAAGUUCCUGUCCAGUGAUGAUAUAUCGGUUGAAAAUGAAGACCAACUCCUUGAAAUUAUCACCGACUGGAUAAGCUACGAUUUGGAAGCGAGGAAAGACUUUUGUGGUCAAUUAUUGAAAUUAGUUCGACUAUCUUUCGUUUCUUUGUCACAAUUGAAUGACCCGCUACAUGAAAAGGAAUUGAAUGAAUUGAUCAUUCCAAGACUUGUUACAGAAUUCAAAGGAGCUACCUACGAAAAAGAAGCUGGGAAAAUGACUGCGAGGAAAUCGUACCGAAGUGUGGAAGUGAUUCUGGUAGCAGGCGGAUGCGAUAAUUCAGCAAUCUUAAGCAAUGUCUGUUGUUUUGUUCCUGUCGUUAGCAAGUGGGUGGAAUUGUCGGCCAUGAAGCUGCCGCGAUGGAGGCUUCAGCUGGUAACUUCACAAGACAAUAUGUUAGCUAUUGGGGGGCUAAGAGAUGUCUGCGUUAAAGAAAGAGCGAUUCCAUUCAUAGAACGCUUCAGCGGUCAAAGUAACUCGUGGGAUGCAACUGAUCAUCAACCUGUAGUGCAUGAUGUUGAGCUGGACUCUUUCGGUGCUGUGUCCACAGGUUCCACCACCUUUCUUCUUGUUGGAGGCCUGGAUCCCAAAACCAAUAGAUGCACGUCUCAUGUCAGUAUUUUUGAGCUUAAAGAUGGAUCCUGGUUCGUUGGACAGCGAAAAUCUUUGCUCUUUCCCAGGGCAGGCCACUGUUUAGUGUCAUCUGGAGACAAUGUGUAUGCAAUUGGUGGAUUCCAAGUACCAAACACAUUUGCUAUUCGUGAAGGAAUGCGAACAGUUGAAUGUUAUGAUUCAACUAGAGAUGCUUGGACUUCCGUUCAACCCAUGAUCGAAGGAAGACAGUUUGCUGCUGCUGUGACGUUGAAUGACGAAAUUUUCAUCUUUGGCGGCUAUGACGGACAGAAUGUUCUUAAUUCUUGUGAGGUGUACAACGUAAAGCUUAACAGAUGGCAGCACAUUGCUCCGAUGCGUAAGUCUCGAAUGAAGCACUCUGCUGUGGCACACGGUGACAAGAUUUAUGUCAUUGGAGGUGUGAGUGACAUCAGAGGAGGUUCCGUUUUCAGUUCAGUGGAAUGCUACAUUCCCGAAAAGAACCUUUGGAUAAGUGCCCCUGACAUGCCGGUUGGAAGAUUUGAUCACCAAUGUUAUGUUUCUAACGUCGGUUAUAAGUUCCUCGCUUCCGUUCUGGAAAAAUCCCAGUGACAUCCCUGAGUGACAAUUGCCUGACAAGGCGCAUGGAGGAUUCUGAUCGCCAAUGUCAUUUUUACUGCUACGGCCUAAAAGUUUCUUGCUUCCGUUUUGGAAGAUUCUCACGCAUACCGAAAAGGAAAUUUGAUCACCAAUGUUGAGCGACAAACGCGGGCGACAAGUUGUUCGUUUCUAUCCCGUAAGAUGUAUGGGGAAGAGGGACUGCCCGUACCCUACCAAUUCUUUUAUAUUCUUGUAUUGACGCACGUUAAAUCGAAGACUUACGCUUCGGAAACUAACUCCAUUGUUACGAUUAACAACAGACACUUGUAUUAUUUUAUUCUCGUGGAAUACGACAAAAUCAAAGAGGGCUUCUCAAUUUAAAAGCAAAAAAGCUAACGGCACUUUUUUAAAAGAUCCCACGAAAACUAAGACAACCGUCUGUAAUACUUUUUUACUCAACUGAUAAAUAUACUGCAGCAAUAUACUUAAUCGCUGGAAGAGGUGCUUUUUGUUACUCACUGCUGUUUUAUAAGUGGGCUUUCCGAGUUGUUCGUUCCGGUUGGAACACUGAUAGAGACUUAAUUUGAUGAUACGGCAUUGACGUUAUUCGAAAACGAACAUGUAGGGAUUGAUUAAUGUAAUAUCGGGAAGAAAAAAAAUAAAAUAAGGAGUAGUAUUUGAUACCCUUGUAGCGCAACUGAGAAUACCAGUCUUCUAUUGUAGUAGUAGAUAAUAUCUCAUUUUUCCCAGCAUGAAAGCGCAAAUUUCAAUGAAAAGCCGCAUUUCUCAAACGCUAAGGUAAAAGAAAAGGAGAAUUUCCACUAUCAAUGU